AUGAGUAUAAAUAAAAUUAAAUAUGACGAACUAGAGGAAAUGAAAGGUAAAAAUGAAAUAUUAAUAAAUUUGUUGAAUAAACUUAUAGCUUUUGAUAAGAAACGAGUAUUUUUGUAUCCAGUUAAUGUAGAGUUGGUUCCUGAUUAUCUUAAUGUAAUAAAAGAACCAAUGGAUUUUACAACUAUGAAACAGAAAAUCCAGAAUUUUAAAUAUAAUGAUUUUAAUGAUUUUGAAAAGGAUGUUUACUUAAUUAUAAAUAACUGUUACACAUAUAAUGAUAAAAGUACUAUAUAUCAUAGAAUAGCAGAAAAUUUAGAAAAUUAUUACAAAAAAAUAAGCAUUAAAAUGCAUAAAAAGUUUAUGAACAUUCACUUUCUUUAUCAUAAAGAUAAGAAUAUUUUAAAUAAUACUUUAUUUAAUGCUAACGCAAAUAAUGUAAGAAAAAGCUAUUUAAAAGAAAAAAAAAAAAAUGAAAAAACAAAAAAGUAUGGAAAGGUAGGUAGACCAUCUAAAUUAAUAGCUAACUCAAAAAACAAUUAUGUUAACAACUCAAACGAAAUUAUAAAUGCUUCUAAUAAAAAAAAAAGAAUUAACAGUAAAAUUUUAUCAAAAGGUGUUGAAAACAUAUAUAACUUCGUUAAUAAUAUAGAUGUAUCAUCUACACCUAAUUUUGUAAAUAACAUUUAUGAAAAUAUUAACAGUUCAUACUUGAACUUAGAAAAUAUGAUAGAAGAAGAAAAUUUUAGCACAAUCAUAAAUAAAAUACAAGAUAGUCAUGAUAAAUCAAAUGAUAUUUUUCACUUAUUAAUAAAAAUGUUAUCUAAUAACACAAGUAAUCAUCCUAUUUUAUGCAAUUAUGUAAAUAUAAAUAAAUCUCUACGUGAAAUUUUCUUUGAAGAUACUACCUUUUCAAAAAUUAAAAAUUAUGAUUAUUUAUUAUCAGAUAGUGAUGAUGUUAGUAUACAAUCAACAAAAACCAAUAGAAAAAGGGAAUUACCUAAUAUUUCAAAUAUUUUUAGUGAAAGAUAUAAAAAGAAUAAGUUAUUAAAUGAAACACAACAUAAUAAUUAUAAUAAAUCUAAUUAUUCGGAAAAUAAUAUUCAUUGUAAAAAUGAUGAUAGAAAUCAUAUGAACAAUAAAGAUACUACAGAGAAUAGUAAAUUGUAUCCAUGUAAUAAUCAUGAUAAUAACACACUUACAAAAAAUAAUAAAAAUUUAAAUGAAAAUCACAGUGAGUUAAAUAAUGAUAAUGACGAUGUUUGUCAAAAAAAACACAUAGAAGAUACUAAUGAUGAAAUAAAAGAUUACAUUUUAAAAAAAAGAAAAUUUGUUGAUGAAAGAAAUAAAAUGUUAAAUGAAACAAUAACAUGUAAUAUUGAAAAAGAAGAACUAACAAUGAACCUCUUAAAUUACAAAGAAAGUGUAAAAAAAUUUAUAGGAGAAUCUAAUUUUCCUACAUUCAUUAAAAUAUUCCCGAAUAUUUAUACUAUUUUAGAUAACACAGAUGUGAAAGAUUUAUAUUAUUCAGCUUUUAACGAUUUAAGGAUUUUUGGCUUAGAUAUGGAAGAUUUUAUUGAAUUUAACAAUAAAAUUGUUUAUAAUGAUAAUUAUUUAUUAGGAGUUGGUAAAUAUCACAUAAAUAACAUUUUUACAUUGGAUAAAAAAUUAUCGAAUAUCCUCUCUGAUGAUAAAGAUAAUUCUCAUUUUUCUGAUAAACUUAAAGCAUAUCUAUCAAAUAAUAAAAAACAUGAAAAAAGUAGUUUAUUAUGUUAUAAUUACGAAGAUAAUAAAUAUUCAGUAAAAAAUAACAACACUACUAUAAACGAUGAAAAAAAAAAGGAAAAUGAAUAUAUGUUUGAAAUGAAAAGUAAUUGUGAAAAUACUAUUAACAAAAAUUGUGAAUAUUUUAAUAAUAAUAUAUUAUCUAGCCAUAAUAAUAAUGAUUUAAUUGUAAAUAAAUUGCACAUGAAUAAUGAAGGAGAAAAAGAGAUAAUAAAAAAACGACAUAAUGAUGAAAAUUCCUUUAAUAAUGAAAAUAUUUUGAAAUAUGAACAUAAAUUAUAUGAUGACUUUGAAUAUUCUUGUGAAUCAUCAUCUGAUGAUGAAAAUUUAAACCUAAAAAAUUUUUUUUAUACAUAUAAUUCUUAUCUUAAUGAAUUUUAUAAAGAGAAAAAAAGAAAAAAAAUAUUGAAUAACAAAUAUAGUAAAAGUUAUAAAAUCUUUUUAUAG